CUCUGCCGCACGCGUCAUAGUGUUUGUGAUUUUUGCUGUUCCUUUUUUUUGCAGUUCAUCAUCGUGUAGCUCUUGAUGAAAUUCGACCAUCGUCAGGUCAAUUCAUAGCAGUGAAGAAAGAAGUUGUGGACAGAGCGAACAAACAAAGAAGAGUUUUCCAUCAGGUGUAGAUGAGGCUAAUGGAUGAAUUUUCCGCAAACUAUGUAGAAUCAAUGGUUGGCGAUUGGGUUUAUGUUUAAAUUUGCUUUGGGACUGCAAGAAGUGUGUGUUAUUUUGAUGAGAACGCGGAAUUGAACGACAAAGUCGCGAAGAAAGGAGUACUGUUUCUGCUGUCAUUGCAGUACAGUGUGUAAAUUCUCUUUAUUCGUCUCGCAAGAAGCAAGAAGGAAAUUUUGUUGCGCUCGGUCUAUUCGAAAAGAAACGCAAUAUGUCUGAGAAUCGGGAGGAGAUACUAGCGAAUUUUCAGAGCAUAACUGCAAUUGAGGAUGUCGCUGAGGCUAUUUAUCAUUUGGACGAAUGCAACUGGGAUCUCUUGUCAGCCGUUCAUCGUGUCCUGCCCCAGGAUCCACGAGAUCGACGCUUGAAUAGCGGCGACAGUGGUGCCGCUGACGGCGGGAAUAGUAGUUUUCCGUCGAUUCACAUCGGUAGUGGUAGUGGAAAUGGAAAUUUGGGGUCAGCUUUCGCCAGUUAUGCGAAUGAUUUGGAAGCGAUGGCCAACGUGGAAGAACUAAUGACGGCACCUUCAUCACCAAUAAAGAACGCAGCGAUAGGCGGAAGUAGUGGCACGUUCAACCAAGGCAAGAAUCUGGAUGCUGAUUUUCCUUUCGAGGAUCCUUUUGGAUUUCUUGAACCAGGAGCAUCUUCUUCUCGAUCUAGCAGCAACAACGACUUCCGUAGUGCACUUAACUUCCUCGACGCGAAGCCACAUGACGUAGUGUUUAGGGUUCUCUUCAACAACGAGUUGCAUGUUAUCAACAUAUCGAACCACGCCACGGUGGGUGAAUUGAAGGCCAAAAUCUCCGAGAAAACGGGAGUUCCAGUGUGUCGACAGGCUCUGAAAGGUUGGGAACCAGGGAAGCAGAAAGAGGUUCAGAAUUCUUCGACAUUGCUCAAAUCGCUCAAUAUCGGGAAGGAUGUCAACAUUAUUCUGACGGACAUGACGGUGGAAGGUUUCGUUGGCGAAACCGAUCCAUUAUCCUCGCAAAACAAACAGAUCUACACGCUGCACAUAAAUGUCCAGCCGGAGGGCAAUAUUCUGGUGCUCAAGUUUCCCGGCCAUCAAAACAUUCUGUCCAUAAAAACGGACCUGUACACGAUCGUCGACAUUCCGGUGCGACACCAGGUGUGGUCCGGCUGGCCGAACAACGUCACCAACAGUACGACGCUAGCCGAAUCCGGCGUGGAACGGGAGCAUAAUCUUGUGCUGAAACGGGCGGAAGAUGUGGCGCAAAAAAUUACAAACAAUAACAGCACAGCUGUUAACACAGCCAGCACGAGUACUAGCAGUAGCAGCCGAAAUGUUUACAAUAACAGUGACAGCAUGCCGAUUAUUAUAGACUCCGAGAGCAGCGGAGAGGAGUUUGAGGAUGCAUCGGACUUUAACAACGACGACGACAUUUUCACCGAGACACCCAUCAAUAGCCACUUGAAACAUUUGAUCCCUGAUAAUGUAGAUGACGAAACAAUUGGCAGCAUACAGUUCGUAGAGAACUUCGUCGAACGCUACGGACCUCAACAUCCGAUGUUUUUCCAGGGUAGCUUAGAGGAUGCACUUAAGGAAGCGUGUCGUCCAUCAGCUCGUGACCGUAAAUUGAUGGCGAUAUAUCUGCACCAUGACGGAAGUGUGCUUACGAAUGUAUUCUGCGGUCAGUUGCUUGCCUGCGAAAGUAUAAUACAAAUGCUGCUGGAUCACUUCGUUCUAUAUGGUUGGGAUCUGACGUUCGAGAGCAAUAAAAACAUGUUUUUGUCGUCUAUAUCGGCAUGUGUUGGAAUGAGCGCUUCGAUAACAGUAAGAAACAUUCCGACCGAUCGGUUGCCAGCCAUUCUUGUGAUAGCAAAGAAUCGCAGCCAGUGCGAGGUUUUCCAGGUGAUUUACGGUAAUGUCAGUGUUGAUGAUUUGUUGUCGCAACUGAUGGAAGCAUCGGAUAUGUAUAGCGAGCAGCUUAAGAUAGAGCUGCGCGAGGAAAAUGAGCGGUUAGCUCGGGAACAGGUAAAACUCGAGCAGGACGCUGCCUAUCGUGAAAGUUUGGAAGCGGAUCGAGCCAAGCAAGAGGCCAAACGUCAGAAGGAGCUUAUGAUGCAAACAGAGCGCCGUCGGCUGGAAUCCGAGCGGGCUGAUGCCGAGGCGAAACGAGAGCUAAUUCGUGCCACUGCCCGGAGCACUGUGCCUGAAGAGCCAGAGCAGCAGUCCGGAGAGAAUAUUACCAAAAUUAGGAUAAGGCCACCGUCCGGUGUGAUGAUAGAGCGACGUUUCUUGGCCGAUACGCCCCUUAGAAUCCUGCUGAACUUUAUCACGGGCGAAGGGUUUCUGGUUGAUGAGUACAAGGUGAUUUCGAGCUGGCCGCGGAGAGAUCUCACUGUACUGAACCAAGAGGAAACUCUGAAGGAGCUGAAACUGUAUCCCCAGGAGACACUAAUACUGGAGGAACGAUGAUUCCGUCGUGUACAGAUUGACUCUCAUCUCAUAAUUAUAAAAUCACUUACAAAAAUAUCUAAUUAUUUAAUAUUUCUUCGUUUGUCCGAUGCUCAGCGUAAUCUUCCACUUUGUUUGAAGGACAAACAAUUGUCCAAAUUGUAAGAGAGAGAUCGAAGGAAAACUAUAAAUUUUUAAAUUGGCACAAGAGAAAUUUCGUAUUGGUGUUAUUAACUUCUUCAAAGUUUUUAGUUUUUUCUGUCUUGUUUUAAAUUAGUUUUAUCAUAGUUUCGGUUGUGUCCUUAUUUUGUAUUCGUACCAAAUACUGGCAGGUACUUUUAAUUGAGAAUGAUUUGAAGAGGGAUUUGAAUUGAUAUUGUGGAGAGAAAGAAAAGAUAAUUACAGAUUAAAACAAUGAGCAUAACAAUUCAAUAUGAAGGAAGAAAUGAAAGAAAAUGACUCAGUCUAUUUAAAAUCGGUUA